UGCUCUGAGUCAGGCUGCUAGACAAGGAACAAAACCUCUUCUGCUUCUCACCGUUCCUCUUCCUGACUUGGCUUGGCGCUGCUAAGCAUUUACAUAGCUUGAGCCUGGCAGGAGACAUGUCAAAUUAGAAACAGCUUAACAAAAUAAUGCUGUAAGCAACAAACAGCAGACCACCUGAUGGGGGCUCCUUUCCUUUGGAGAGUGGUAGCUGCCUAUUCAGAGAGCAGAGGCGUCUGGAAAAGGCUCCCAUUAUGAACAAGUAGUCCACAGGUGUGUCAGGUUGCUUUCCUCUCGGGGACAGGAGCGUGACCUGUGGUGUGCCCUUCCCUGGCCAGCUAUACAUAGCCAGCAAAGCUUCUUACCAGAGAAACCUCCUUCUGUACCCGCCACCAGUCCCACCCACAGACUAGAGGGCUCUCGCUGUAAAUCCUCUGGAAGCUACUGAACCUGGCAAGGAAACCAGCCAGCUGGCCCCCAGACCUGACUGGGUCCCCACCACUGCCUUCCAGCCUUCCUUUUCUUGUGCUGGGAGCGUACCCUGUGUUCAGUCAUGGUCGACAUGGGGGGCCUGGACAACCUGAUCGCCAACACGGCCUACCUGCAAGCCCGGAAGUCCUCAGACGGAGACAGCAGGGAGCUGCAGCGGCGGCGCCGGAGUCUGGCGCUGCCCGGGCCGCAGAGCUGCACCCAGCUCCGCCAGUCCCUGCCUCAGGACUUCAACAGCCUGUGUGAGCAGCAACCCAUUGGCCGUCGCCUCUUUCGGGACUUUCUAGCCACUGUGCCCCGGUACCAAGAGGCCGUGGCCUUCCUGGAGGAGGUGCAGAGCUGGGAGCUGGCUGAAGAGGGCCCUGUCAAGGGCAGCAUGCUACAGGGGCUGCUGGCCACUUGUGGGGCUGCCCCUGCUCCAGGGCACCCACACCCCUUCCUCAGUCCAGCACUGGCUACCAAAUGCCAAGCAGCCUCCACUGAGGAAGAACAGAUAGCCCUGGUAGCACAGGCCAAGGCUGAGGUCAUGGCCUUCUUGCAGGACCAGCCCUUCCAGGAUUUCCUGGCCAGCCCUUUCUAUGACAAGUUUCUGCAGUGGAAAGUCUUUGAGAUGCAGCCGGUGUCAGAAAAGUAUUUCGAGGAGUUCCGAGUCCUGGGGAAAGGUGGAUUUGGGGAGGUAUGUGCUGUCCAGGUGAAAAACACUGGUAAGAUGUAUGCUUGCAAGAAACUGGACAAGAAGAGGCUAAAGAAGAAAAGUGGUGAGAAAAUGGCUCUUUUAGAAAAGGAAAUCUUGGAAAAAGUCAGCAGUCCUUUCAUCGUCUCUCUAGCCUAUGCCUUUGAGAGCAAGUCCCAUCUCUGCCUGGUCAUGAGCCUGAUGAACGGGGGGGACCUCAAGUUCCACAUCUACAAUGUUGGCACACGGGGCCUGGCGAUGAGCAGGGUGGUCUUCUACUCGGCCCAGAUGACCUGUGGAAUCCUGCACCUCCACUCCCUCGGCAUUGUCUACAGGGACAUGAAGCCAGAGAAUGUGCUUCUGGACGACCUUGGCAACUGCAGGCUGUCUGACCUGGGGCUGGCUGUGCAGAUCCAGGAUGGCAAGCCUGUCACACAGAGGGCUGGAACCAAUGGUUAUAUGGCUCCUGAAAUCCUAAUGGAAAAAGUGAGUUAUUCCUAUCCUGUGGACUGGUUUGCAAUGGGAUGCAGUAUUUAUGAAAUGGUUGCUGGACGAACACCAUUCAAAGAUUACAAGGAAAAAGUCAGUAAAGAGGAUUUAAAGCAAAGAACCCUGAAAGAAGAGGUCAGAUUCCAACACGAUAACUUCACAGAGGAAGCAAAAGAUAUUUGCAGACUCUUCUUGGCUAAGAAACCAGAGCAACGUUUAGGAAGCAGAGAAAUGUCUGAUGAUCCCAGGCAACACCCUUUCUUCAAAACCAUCAAUUUUGCUCGCCUGGAAGCUGGCCUAGUUGAGCCCCCAUUUGUGCCAGACCCUUCAGUGGUUUAUGCCAAAGACAUCGAUGAAAUUGAAGAUUUCUCUGAGGUUCGGGGAAUCGAAUUUGAUGAUAAAGAUAAGAAGUUCUUCCAAAGAUUUGCAACAGGUGCUGUCCCUAUAGCAUGGCAGGAAGAGAUUAUAGAAACAGGACUGUUUGAAGAAUUGAAUAACCCCAACAGGCCUACAGAUUGUGGGGAUGGUAAUUCAUCCAAGUCUGGUGUGUGUUUGUUAUUGUAAGUUGUUCUCUCCACCAGAUGGGCAGCAGGAAUCUCAGCUGACAUAAUCCCCCCAAAUGUUCCUAACACAUGAAAAUCUGUUGAUGAGGACUGAUCAGUCAGGAGGGGCAUUUCAACCACAGAACAGUUCAAAGGACAGGUGAGCUCACUGCUAGGACACAUUUUUCUCCCCUCUUCUCCCCCUCCCUUCCCGCCUUUUCCCUGCUCUCCCCUCUCUCCUUCCCUUCCUUUUCUCUCCUAUCUUCUCCUCUCCUUUCCUUCUCUCCUUUCUUCUUUUUCUCUCUCUCUCUCUCUUUCCCCCCUACUUCUUUCUUCUUUCUCUCUUUUUUCAUAAAGAUGAGUAAAGUCUCAGUUUUCAUGAGGCCUGGGAAAAGGAACACUCAGGUUUAUUUUGAUAAACUAAAAGCAUGAGCCCUCCACCAUCAUGUCCCUGAAAAUUACACAAAGUCCUAGGAAUAGAGAAUGGAACGUUGUGGUAUACACAGAAAAUGACCAUUUGCAAUUCUUGGUAAAUAACCAUUGUAGUUUUUCUUUGUUUAUAUCCUUUUUCCCUUCAUCUUUCAGUAUUUCUUCUGCUUCUGUACUUAUAAAGGAUUUGGAAGCUGGAAAUAAA